AAUGAGCGCACCGGACGUAACAUGGCGCCGGCUCAAAAGGAAAGUCUGGGCCUGUGAAGAGCGAGAUUAUUUCACUCGGUGGGGCCGCGAACAUGGGAUCGCCGCUGCUCCUGUUGCUGCUCCUCGUCGGCACCGUUUGGUGCCAGCGCAAAGACCAGAACGUGUGCCGGAAAGACAACGGGCUGUUCGAACACGAGCAGUAUUGUGACUACUACUACGAGUGCGAAGAUGGAGUGCCCACUCUGCAGCUGUGUCCCAACGGCUUGGCCUUCUCAGGCAAGAACCGGGGCCUGCUCAACAACUGCGACUACCCACACCGAGUGGGCUGCCCCGACGACGACGGACGCGUGAUGGGCCAGAGCCCACAGAGCAGCGAGAACUGCCACUGGCAGUACGGCGUGUUUGCCCACCAGACCAGCUGUACUCGGUACUGGCAGUGCUGGAACGGAACGGCCACCAUUCAGCAGUGCCCCUUCUCUUUGCUUUACAACGACGUAAUGCACGCUUGCGACUGGCCGGACAACGUGCCUGAUUGCCAGAAGCACCCAAUCUGCAAAGACAGCCCCAAUGGUCACAUCCCCAUUGAGAAGAGUUGCGUCCGCUACUGGCUCUGCGUGGGUGGCUAUCCGCGCCUGCAGCGCUGCCCAGCGGGGCUUGCCUUCAACCCGACCGGGCUGCGCUGUGAACUAGCUGACAACAUCCCCGGAUGUGAACUUCCACCGACCACGCCACCACCUGAGGAGGCUGAGGAGCGACCUCAGCAGCAGCAGAGGCCUCGACAACCGCAGCAAGCCGCCCCCAGACCACAACAGCAGUCUGCUCCAAGCGGCCAGCGACGAUUCAGCCCACCGCCUCAGUCGGUACCUGCCCUGGCUCAAGCGUCUCCCGUCCCCGACCAGGACGACGACUACACUGAUGCUGGGCAGAACCGGGCGCAGGGAGUCGUGCGCAGGCCAGCCUCAUUCAGGCAGGCCGUGCCGGCUUCUAAUGGGAAGUAAUGCGCCCCACUCAGAACCACAUUCAUGCUUCCCAAAUUGCACUGGCACGCUAGACCUUAAAUUGGUACCUUCUAGUCUUGCCUGAUAACAUUCCCAUCAUGGCGCAAGCCAGUCUGCUUGGAUUGGAUGGCUUUGCUGACCACCCUAUCACUGAGAAUAAAAACUGUACUGCCACCUGACCUUUCCAGAUUCACUUGCUCUCAUGCAGGAACUACAUAAGGAAGUUUCACCUUGAUGCUGCGCCAACUCGCCAGAUUUCAUACGGCAACACAAUUGGAGGCAGUAAUAUUGCACCUUGGAAGUUAGAUAAUUCAGCACAUCUAACCUCCACGAACGGGAACAAAAAGCGUCAAGAUUGAAGCUCUGCUUCCGAAUGUAGCACCCCACUUCUUGACAAGAAGGCAUCAAAAACGAAGCUGGUCGGUUCAGCACAAUAUUGUAGCAUCCCAUGCUAUGUUUGAACUGGCACACUGUUUAAAGCACUACAGUGACCACUUGUUUAAGCUUGACUGUCGUACAUUUUUUCAAGUCUUUUUUAGAAGCAUUGUACUGUUGGGGUAAUGCUUGCCUAACGCCGACACCUAAGGAAAGUUCCAAUUUGAUAUUAUUUUCACUGUGUACAUACGAGUGUUGCAAACUGCUUGUUAGUGUUUGACGUGUGAAGCACAUGAACAUCAAAUAAAGUUUCUCUGUACGACA